AUGCACCUAAUCUCAAUGAUCCUCCUCCUCAUGGUCGGCCACGCCCUUUGCGUUACCAUGACGACCACGUUGCAGUCGUUCCGUGGCUGCGCAGUUCGAGAGUUCUCGUUCGUCGCGCAGAAGCCUGGCUGCAGGGGCCUUCGCAUCACCACCGAGGCCUGCUGGGGGCGCUGUCACACCUGGGAGAAGCCAGUUCCAGAUCCUCCGUUCAUUCAACGUCACCAUCGAGUCUGUACGUAUGCCCGAACUCGUCACGUGACUGUGCGCCUGCCCGGCUGUCAGGCCAACGUCUCGCCUCUCUACCACUACCCGGUGGCUCUUCACUGUCACUGCAGCACCUGCUCCACCUUGGACACCGAGUGUGAAACUUUCUGAGGGGAGAUGCAGGUCACCACCCCGGCAAGUCAGUGCUGCCAAAUACCAGCUGCCAAAUAUCAUCCUUGUGUUCAUUCAAUUGAUUUGGAAUG